AUGCGAGCAACGAUCGUGGUUGUGCCGCUGCCACCACCACCACCACAAGCAACUGACGGCAGCAGCAACAACGGCAGCACAGGCGGUGGGGGCACUGGUAGCAGCAACGUGUAUGGUGAGGGUGAGUUGGGCAGGGCGUUAGCAGCAGGCGUACACAGCAGAGAGAUGACGGUGCUGCAUCAAUGGACCAUCGGCGUUCCCUGCCGCAACAACUCCUCUCUCUCGGGCCUCCUCCCCUGGCGCCAGCACAGGCCCUACUCUUUCCACCUCCCACCCUCCUCCGCCUCCGCCGCUGCUCUAUCUGUCCCGCCGCAAGGCGUUGCUCUGCACUUCACGCUGCGGGAGGGUAGCGGGGCAGACAGCGGCAGCAGCAACAGCAGCAUGCUCUCUGAUGGCUCUGUGGAACUGCCAGUUCCCAUUCACGUGAUCGUUCCCUUACCUCCGACCGUGCCUGGGGGUGGGUCCGUGCCUAGGGGUGCGACUAUAGCAUCAGCAGCAUCAGUGGAAGGCGGGGCGCUGGCGUCGGUGGCAAAGGCAGCGGGGAGAAUCGAUGUGCGCACAGAGGCACAGGUGCGCACAGAGGCAUAUGUGCGCACAGAGGCACAGGUGCGCACAGAGGCACAGGUGCACAUAGAAGCACAGGUGCGCACAGAGGCACAGGAGCGCACAGAGGCACAUGUGCGCAUAGAGGCACAGGUGCGCACAGAGGCUCAGGUGCGCACAGAGGCACAGGUGCGCACAGAGGCAGAGGUGCGCACAGAGGCACAGGUGCGCACAGAGGCACAUGUGCGCACAGAGGCACAGGUGCACACAGAGGCACAGGUGCGCACAGAGGCACAGUCCACCUCUUUCACUACUUUGCUCAUGCCCAAACCGAUUCACCCCCUUCUCUUUCCUUUGCCCCCCUCCUCCCCUUUUUUCUUCCCGCCUUCCCUCAAAUUCCUGCGGCCUCCACCUCUCUGUCCUUCACCUACUCCUCGUUAA